AGAAAUAGAUAUGAGCGACCAAAAUGUAGAGCAAUAGUUUGAAGAACAGCUAUGAAUUGAGAUGGUCAAUGGAAUUUGGGAAAGGAAGGAUCCAAUCCAAUCCAAAUCCAAAUCGGAGCUCACCUUUUCACACCGGCGCAUCUUAGCAAUCCACGCGACGUUGAACAGUGGAAGCCGUCCUGAAAUUUCAAUUCCCAAUUCCAACGCGGCGCCAAACAAGUCCAAAUCUUCCAAAUUUGACGCCAAACCUAUGCACCAUCCCACACUUGGAUUCAAUAUAUUUCGGUGUGCCCUCCCGCUCUCCUUUUUCGCAAUCCCAUAUCCUCAUCCUUCCUUUUAUACCCGAUUGCCUCUCCACUUGUUCCUCGCACCACUUCCAUUUUCACUAUUUCUUUCUGUAUUUCUCCUUACAUUCAAUGGGUAGGCGCGGAUUGUUCGACCUGGAGAGGCAUUUUGCGUUCUAUGGGGCUUAUCAUAGCAACCCAACAAAUAUAUUUAUCCAUAUUCUCUUCGUCUGGCCAAUAUUCUUCACUGCUCUCAUGCUCUUCUACUACACCCCUUCCUUCUAUUCUUUUCCCAAAUGCCCUUGCGGCUUCAAUACUGGCCUCGUUGUGAAUUUUGGUUCUUUGUUUGCUUUGGUGUAUGCCGUUUUCUACGUACUUUUUGAUAAGAGAGCUGGAUCUCUGGCUGCUUUUAUGUGUUUUCUCUGCUGGGUUGGAGCAAGCGUUUUGGCUUUUAAACUUGGAUGGACGCUUACUUGGAAGGUGGUGUUGGCUGCACAGUUGUUCUGCUGGACAAGUCAGUUUAUUGGCCAUGGGGUGUUCGAGAAACGGGCACCUGCUCUCAUUGACAACCUUGCCCAAGCUUUUCUAAUGGCUCCAUUCUUCGUUUUGUUGGAGAUUCUUCAAGCUUCGUUCAAAUAUGAACCAUACAAUGGAUUUCACGCAAGCGUGAAGGCGAAGAUGGAAGCCGAGAAGAAAGCUUGGGAAGGAAAGAAAGAAAAGAAAAGCUGUUAGCUUGAAUGGAAUCCUUUUUUUAGAUGUAUAAAUACGUAUAUCAGGGUGAAUGGAAUCCUUUUUUUAGAUGUAUAAAUACGUAUAUCAAGGUGUGUGGUUUUGAUUUGGUUUGUGUGGGAAUUGUGUAAUUGAGAGCUUGAGAUGUACUUAAAAAGAAUUGUUGAAGUAAUGUUUGUAUUUGAAUAAGAUUAGAAAGCUCCUCAUCUCACAACCCAAAUGUGGGGAUUGGUUUUACAUUCUUCUGUUUACAUCAGAAAAAGGAUGCCGUAUAAGUAUGGGGAAUAUUUUCUUUUUGUGCAUUCACACCAUUAUUUUAGUUGAUGGAUAUUUUUGCUUAUAA